AUGCGGGAUGCGGGGGCAUUUGGCGGGAGGUUUACCAGCAGUUUAUCCCCGCAGGGCGGGAUUUUACCCGGGAUUGGCUGGACCCAAAGUUCCCGCUUUUCCCCGGACUUGGGGUGCAGAGAGCAGGCUCGCUGUGUUUCGCCGAGAAAACAGCUUAAAUCCUUCGUCGCCAUAUCUCCAGAGGUCCAUGACUGGUCUAUAUUCCCUCCAAUACCUGAAAGCCCCAAUAUCCAGAGUCCACCACCGAACAACAGGUCCGGCAAGGAAACGACGCAUAUUUUUACAGAAGAUAGUCUUGAAAUUGACGAGGAUGAUGCCUCUGCAAGGGAACUUGCAGUAAAAUUUGAGGAAAAUGGAGGUGUUUAUUAUAACAGCGCUGAAAAAAUUAGCACAUUGAAAUUGCCUGUGACCGGUCUACUAAAAUAUGCACAAAACAUUCGUUUAAAGAACCUUGAAGAAGAGUUUCAGAAAAUUCCAUACGGUCUUGUGAAAGCCUAUGGAGUUUCCCAAACGAAACUAAACAUGCACAGUAAUAGAUACAAAGGAAUCUACCCGUAUGAUGAUUCGCGAGUUAUAGUACGAGGUGGAAAAACAGACUACAUUAAUGCAAGCUAUAUGGACGGAUUCAGAAGGCGCAAUGCAUAUAUUGCUACUUUGGGUCCAAUGGCUAAGCAGCUUGGCAAUUUUGGCCAAUUCUGGCGAAUGGUCUGGCAACAGGAAGUGGAGAAGAUUGUCAUGGUGACCAGUUUGGUAGAGGGUAAGAACAUAAAAUGCGAGCAAUAUUGGCCCGACCGAUAUCAAAGUAAACUAUACGGCGCUAUAGAAGUUGUAUGCAAGGUUGAAAAACUGUACGCAGAUUUCAUUUGGAGACAAUUUACGCUUUCUAAGAACUCUGAAGAAAGAAGUCUACAUCAUCUACAGUUCACGAACUGGCCAGACAAGGACAUCCCUGAUGACGUCACAUCAAUUAUAGACAUUAGACAGAGGGUGAACGCCUUGCCGAGUUCCCUCGAAGGACCAGUAGUUGUGCAUUGCAGUGCUGGUGUUGGCCGAACGGGUACAUACAUAGCUCUAGACAUUCUGACAAAAGAGGGUGAGUAG